AUGGCAGCGCACCAAGCAGACGCCAAAGCCGCGCUCGACGAGCGGGGCUACAGCGGCGCAACAAUCAAAGGGCAGAACCCAGCCCUCCUCUUCGAGAAAGCCGUGCGCGAUCGCAUCACAGAGUCGUACUACUGGAAAGAGCAGUGUUUCGGGCUGAACGCGGCGACGCUGUGCGACCGGGCGCUGGAGCUGGGCUUCAUCGGCGGGACGUACGGCGGGCAGGGCAAGCCGACGCCGUUUCUGUGCUUGGCGUUUAAACUGCUUACGUUGGUGCCGGAGAAAGAGAUCGUGUUGGCGUAUUUGAAUUGGCCGGGUGAUGAGGAGGGUGAGGAAGGAGAAGAAGGGGAACAAAAAGAGGAGGAAGGAGGAGCGGAGGGAAGGGAAGACGAAAAGUCCGUAAAGGGCGAGUUCAAGUACCUGCGCGCGCUCGCCGCCUUCUACAUCCGACUCGCCUGGGAGCCGGUCGAGAUCUUCACGACGCUGGAGCCGCUGCUGGCCGACUACCGCAAGCUGAAGCGCCGCAUGCGCGACGGCUUCGUGCUCACGUACAUGGACCAGUUUGUCGAUGACCUGUUGACUAAGGACCGCGUGUGCGCGACCAGCUUGUGGAAGAUGCCGUCGCGCGCGCUGCUCGAGGAUUUGGAGUUGUUGGAUCCGAGGGUCAGUCCGUUGGGCGAGGAGGUGGAGAUGCUCGAUGAUGAUGAUGAGGAGGGGGAUAUGCAGAGGGAUCGCGAGGAUGGGGAGGAGCGUGAGCGUGAGCGCGAGGAGAGCGGCGAGGUUGAGGACGAGGACAUAAAACACAAGAGACGGCGCUCGCGCUCCCUGUCUGGGGAUGAGUAG